AUGGUUCUCAGUGGAUGGGAGAAAGCAGGGGGCAGGGGUCAGGCAGUGGGCAGGGAUCAGGCAGUGGACAGGGAUCAGGGCGUGGGCAGGGAUCAGGGCGUGGGCAGGGAUCAGGGCGUGGGCAGGGAUCAGGGCGUGGGUAGGGAUCAGGCAGUGGGCAGGGAUCAGGGAGUGGGCAGAGAUCAGGGAGUGGGCAGAGAUCAGGGAGUGGGCAGAGAUCAGGGAGUGGGCAGGGAUCAGGGAGUGGGCAGAGAUCAGGCAGUGGGCAGGAAUCAGGGCGUGGGCAGGGAUCAGGCAGUGGGCAGGAAUCAGGGCGUGGGCAGGGAUCAGGCAGUGGGCAGAGAUCAGGGAGUGGGCAGAGAUCAGGCAGUGGGCAGGGAUCAGGGAGUGGGCAGGGAUCAGGGAGUGGGCAGAGAUCAGGCAGUGGGCAGGAAUCAGGGCGUGGGCAGGGAUCAGGGCGUGGGCAGGGAUCAGGCAGUGGGCAGAGAUCAGGGAGAGGGCAGGGAUCAGGGAGUGGGCAGGGAUCAGGGAGUGGGGAGAGAUCAGGGAGUGGGCAGGAAUCAGGCAGUGGGCAGGGAUCAGGCAGUGGGCAGAGAUCAGGGAGUGGGCAGGGAUCAGAGAGUGGGCAGGAAUCAGGGCGUGGGCAGGGAUCAGACAGUGGGAAGGGAUCAGGGAGUGGGCAGAGAUCAGGGAGUGGGCAGAGAUCAGGGAGUGGGCAGAGAUCAGGGAGUGGGCAGGGAUCAGGGAGUGGGCAGAGAUCAGGGAGUGGGCAGAGAUCAGGGAGUGGGCAGAGAUCAGGGCGUGGGCAGAGAUCAGGGAGUGGGUAGAGAUCAGGGAGUGGGCAGAGAUCAGGGAGUGGGCAGGGAUCAGGGAGUGGGCAGGGAUCAGGGAGUGGGCAGGGAUCAGGGAGUGGGCAGGGAUCAGGGAGUGGACAGAGAUCAGGGAGUGGACAGAGAUCAGGGCGUGGGCAGAGAUCAGGGCGUGGGCAGGGAUCAGGGAGUGGGCAGGGAUCAGGGAGUGGGGAGAGAUCAGGGAGUGGGCAGGGAUCAGGGAGUGGGCAGGGAUUAG